GAUUAAAUGCGGCCACCAUCCGACAUCACUGCUGAUCGCCUGGUUAGAUGAGCAUGCUGGACACCUGCGAAUCUUUUAUCAGCUGUUGUGGUGGCUGCAGAUUGCAGAAGCUUUCCUAGCGCCUUCCCUCUCUCAAGUCUGUAGGGGUAGUUUUCGUUUUGGACAAUACCUGCUUGGCGCUUCGUAAACGAUCGGUUUCCGACCUUAUUGAACUUAGGCCUGAAAUCUUGAAGGCCACCGAAGACAAGGAUAUGGCUACCUGUGACCCUAAAAUAGAGCCCCAAGUUGAGGGCGAUACGCAACCCAAACCAGAAGAAGAAACCAAGGUUUCUCAUGCUGAAUCAGAUGAUAAGCACAGUCCGAACGAUCCGGAAGGAAGUCCUUCUCCACGAAGCAAUUCGCCCAGAGAACCACUGGAGACAUACAAUCCUCAGCUCAACAGCUUGGCUCGGACAGCAUUUGAAAAGCUUGCUGAAUACCUUCAAGGGGAACUUGCUCACAUAUGUGAUGACUACAGCCUCCUGGAAGAGAUGAACAAGGCUACCAUCUCCAAGUAUUCUGACAUGAAGCAAAUCACAGGAAACGUUGCCAAAUCCCUGGAGGUUCUCAAUGAAAAAUAUACCAGCUUGCAGCCAUACUUGCAGGAACUGAAUCAGAUCGAGGAGAGUGUGACGAAAUUGGAGCAGGCAGCAUACAAGUUAGAUGCAUAUUCCAAGAAGCUCGAAGCCAAGCUCAAGAGUUUGGAAAAGAAAUGAAAAUCCAGCCAAAAGUCUCUCAACUUGAUCUCACAUUUAUCGGAUAUGUGUGCAUAUUCUAGUCCUGUAAUCGAUUUUGAAUGGAUGGUUUUGGCUGUUUUCCUCCUUGGUGCUUCAUUUUGUUUUCCUCUCUACACUUGACUGUAAGGGAGGAGGGAGGUGAUUUCAGUCCUGUUGGCCAAACUCAAAUGGAGACUUUUAUCAAAGCUGGCUGUAAGGAGGGGAUUGGAUGUCAUGAUUGUAGAACACAUGCAGUAUGUGCAUUUGUGUUUUGCAGGGUGGUUGAGAAGUGAUUACAUGAUUUGUUUUAUCUUACCUCAUCUCGUGUUUGAUUUUGACACCUGCAGCCAUUAAAGUCAAAGGUCACAGAUGCAUCAUCGGUCAAAGAACUCGAAUGUCAGAUGAUUUCAAACUUUGGUGUUUAGCUACCCAUUUAUCCCAUGGACAC